AUGCCCUCUAGAAAGCGUAGCCGCUCAGAGGAGAGGGUGACAUCGCCACAAGGGAAAGAGAAUAGCAAUGAGCAGAACGUGGAGCCUCCUCCUUCCUCUCCUCCUCACUCCAAGAAAAGGACCAAGGCAUCGAAUAAGCCUGCUGCUAAGGAGAAGGGUGAUGUUCCCUCGAAGGUUGUCAAUGUGGCCUAUGGGGAAGUUAAUAAGAAGGGUGAGAAGGUCCCUAUGACCACCGUUGAGCGACACAAGAAGGGCAAGGAAGACUUCACAGCAGUAGCUUGGAAUGUGGGCUCUCUUCGGUCUCUCCUCAACCAUAAAGUUAAAGAACUUACCGACCUAUGUAAGAAGGAACAGCCUGACGUUCUUGGCUUCAUGGAGAUCAAGUUGUCCAAUGAGGACAUGUGUGAGGAGUGCGAUAAUCUAUUACGGGAAGCAGUUGAGGAUAUCUUGGGUCCUGUUGAGAUUGUAUGGAAUCACUGUACAGCCAAGAAGGGCUAUUCUGGUACUGCUUUCGUGGUUCGUAAAAGUGCUGGUAAGUUCGAUAGUAAGCUUGGCAUCGAUGGUCACGAGGAUCCUGAGGGUCGUACCAUCGCUUUAGAGUUUGACGAUAUGGUAGUGGUCUUAUGCUACGUUCCGAAUUCAGGGCAGGACUUGAACAGGCUUGCCCAUCGGACCUCUGGGAAGGAAUGUUUCGAUGCUAAAUUGGCAAAGUAUUGUGGAAGUUUCGAUAAGCCUACCUUGUUGUUGGGAGAUAUGAACGUGGCAGAUCGUGAUGUGGAUAUCUGGAAUGUCGACAAGCCUCAUAUUCCUAAGAGUGCCGGUACCACGAAUGAGGAGCGAGAGUCUUUUAGGGAGCAUUAUACAUCUAAGGGUUUCACCGACACCUUUGUCAAUAUGCACCCAGAGGCUACUGGUUGCUUCUCUUACUGGUCCGUUCGUGCUCGUAACAAGCCCAAGAAUAGAGGCCUCAGGCUGGACUACGUUAUCACAGCUCCAGGCUUUCCUAUGGAUAAAAUUAAGGAUGCGUUUAUUCUCGAGGACUUUGCUCCCCAUGGUGACCAUUGUCCGGUCGGGAUCACUUUCAGGAGGUCGAAGAAGCACCCAUUGAAACGGCAGUAA